GCCAGCGUACCCCAACAUGGCCGGCACUGUACGGCAACCCAUCGAUAUCGCCUCAUUAGAGCGCUACAUCAGCGCCAAUAUCCCUGAAAUUAAAGUUCCGCUCGAUGUAAAGCAGUUCGGAUACGGACAGUCGAAUCCGACGUACCAGUUGACAGAUAACGAUGGAAAGAAAUAUGUGAUGAGGAAGAAGCCGCCGGGUCAGUUGCUAUCAAAGACUGCGCAUAGAGUCGAUCGCGAGUAUCGCAUCAUUCAUGCACUAGAGAAGACGGAUGUGCCUAUUCCACGAGCGCUAUGUCUUUGUCAAGACGAGACCGUGAUUGGAACAGACUUCUACAUCAUGGAAUUUCUCGAUGGCCGCAUCUUCGAGGACCCAGCCAUCCCAGAUGUGACGCCUGAAGAGCGAACAAAGAUGUGGCACUCUGCCAUAACGACCCUGGCGAAAUUCCAUCGAGUCUCCCCGGCUUCCGUAAACCUCGCCUCCUACGGGAAGAACUCUGGCUUCUACAACCGCCAAAUCGCUACCUUCAACACAAUCUCCCAGUCGCAGGCUGCAGCAAAGGACAAGGAGACAGGAAUGCCAGUCGGCAAGAUCCCACAUCAAGACGACAUGGUAGCUUUCUUCAGCGACCCCAAGACCCAGCCAAAAGACCGCGCGACAUUCGUCCACGGCGAUUACAAGAUCGACAACGUCGUAUUCCACAAGACUGAACCCCGUGUAAUCGGAAUCCUAGAUUGGGAAAUGAGCACCAUCGGCCACCCACUUUCUGACCUGAACAAUGUCUUGCAGCCCUACGUGACGGCGUCUAGUGAGACUGCCAUGACUAUCGGACGCGCACACAAGGGUUUCCAGCCUGGUGCGACACCUGGGCUACCGUCACGCGAACAGCUGGUAGCGUGGUAUUCAGAGGUAGCGGGCUGGGACCCGCGACCAGAUUUGACCUGGGGUGAUGCAUUUAGUACGUAUAGGGGUGCGGUCAUCAUGCAGGGAAUCGCGGCUCGCUAUGCUCUCAGGCAGGCGAGCAGUGCCCAGGCCCACGAGUAUGCACAGCAGAUGGCACCGUUUGCGGAAAUCGCGUGGAGUCUGGUGCAGGAGUAUAUGAGCAAUCACGAAAAGGCAAAGUUAUAGUCGUAGCUAUGUUAUCAUUGAUAUGAGAAUCGUCAGCAAUCAAA